CACUAUACCAGCCCAUCUAACGUUUUACAGUCGCACUUAAGUGUCUUUUUAUUGAAAUAAUAAAAUAAACAUGUCGCUAACGAAUUAUUAUUCCAUGAUGGGGAUCCAGACUGAGGAGCCGUACGGUGCACAUUUCAUCCCAGGAGGCUUGCAGGGUUCGACGGCCGGCUGCGCAAAGCCAGCCCGGAGAGCGGAGGAUGAGGAGGGGACCCCCGGUUCACACAUUCCAGAUUUUUCCCAUUUUUCGAGCAAACACACGAGCUUAAACGGCUUUUCUCCCUGGGCAAACAACUCUACUUCAACUUCGCCCUCUUCUCCGCAGCUGCAGUCCACCCCCGGUCUUUUUCACCCACAUCACCUCCUGAGCCACCACCACCCAUACUACGGCCCGCAGACGCAGACCCACACCGAACACCUCUCAUCCGCGGCCGCUGCCGAGGGCAGGUUCGUCCGCUGUUGGGAGGGGGCGACUCCCUCAUCGGAGACUUCUCUGUCACAUGCGCCGGUCAUUUUCCCCGGGUGUGUCCCCGCUCAGGGUGACCUUUCCAACGUGAGCCCGAGGUAUGAGGCUGUUAAACCCGAGAGUUCACCGCCGUCACAUGACAGCCCCGAAGAUUCCAGCUUCGCCAGCCCGACUGAGGUGGUCCUCGAGCGGCUUGGCACGGCGAAGGAGCUGGGAAGGAAACCGGAGCCCAAAAAAGUGGACGAGGAGAGAAAAGCUAAGCCACAGCUUGACCCGGAAAAUCCAGCAGCUAGUUGGAUCUAUGCUAAGUCCACCCGGAAGAAAAGGUGUCCAUACACCAAACACCAGACCCUGGAGCUGGAGAAGGAGUUUCUCUACAACAUGUACCUGACCAGGGACCGGCGCCUGGAGGUGGCAGGACUCUUAAAUCUGACAGAGAGACAGGUCAAAAUCUGGUUCCAGAACAGACGGAUGAAGAUGAAGAAGCUGAUGAUCCGGGAGAGGAGGAGCAUGAAUGAAUGAUGGAUUUGGAGAAGAGGCCAGGGAUGGGGUUUUUUUUUGUCUUUCUUUCAGAAUAGGUGAGGAGGUGGAGAUGUUAUAUCUGAGAAAAGAAACGCAGUGCUCCAACAUGCCCAACAUCUUGAGCAGCUGUUACUAAGCAACGGAAUGUAAAGCUAUAACAUGGCUGCCCUGGAAAACUGCAGUGGUGAAACUCUGCAGGGGAGACCAGGAUGUGUUGUAACACUUUUACAAAAACUAUUCCUUUCACUGUCUUUUCAAUGUUAGAUCUUCUGAAAUCUGGUUCUUCCACCUGCACGUUAGUCAACCUGUAACCUGGGGUACUUGUACAUAAUGCUCAGAAUAAAAAAUCCAUUAAUUGAAUUUAGAAAAUCAUACUAGGUGAUAUUCAAAGACUCACAUCUGUUUUUGAUAUAGCUGCAAUCUCACAUGUCCAAAACUAAAACUACUUGACACAUACUUGACUUCCCAUAAAUUGUCUGUGCUUUCUGCAAACAUCUGAAUUGCGUUUUAUGAUUUAAUGCUAAAACUAUAUUGUCCUCAUAAAAACUGCUUUCAGAUGGCCAGACGUGACUGUGCUACAUCUGUUAUGGCCUGAAAUAGUCGCAGAGUUUUUUAACAAUUUGAAAUUAAAAUAUAAUACUUGUGGAACAAAACCUUGAACAAAGAAGCCUGACACUUAAUCAUAACCAUAAUGAUAAAAAUAGAUAAGAGAGUGAGACAGAAUCAGAC